AUGGCGACAAAUGGUGUGAAUGGUGUGCACCCGACCACAAACGGUACCACAAACGGUACCUCACAUAAUCCGCUCGUACAUGACUAUCCCGAGCCACUCAAGAUAGUCAUUGUUGGAGCUGGUCUGGGUGGCCUUUCGGCUGCGAUUGCACUACGUCGCCAAGGCCACGAAGUGACGAUCUAUGAACAAUCAAGAUUUGCCAAUGAAACAGGAGCUGCUGUGCACUUGGCUCCUAAUUCAAAUGGCCUUCUUCGACACUGGGGCAUAUUUGCCGAGAACUUUGGUGGGACACUCAUGAAAACGCUGGCUGAAUAUAGGGAGACUGGUGGAUUGGUCAAGGAAGUCGACCUCAGCAUUCCUAAUCAGAUGUGGCAGCACCCAUGGCAUCUCGUUCAUCGAGUCGCUCUACACGACAACCUUAAGAAGGCUGCCACGAGCAAGGACGAGCCUGGCCCUGCCGCCACGUUGCAACUGUCAAGCAGGGUACUCGAGGUUGAUCCAGAGGCCGGAAAGGUCGUGUUCGAAGAUGGAACGAUAGUCGAGGCGGAUGUCAUUGUGGGAGCCGAUGGUAUUUACUCCAAAACCAGAAACGCAGUCGAUGGCGGAGCAUCCAAGCUCUUUGGUUCAGGAAAGGCAGCAUUUCGUUUUCUAAUUGACCGUAAGGUUGCCUUGGAAGAUCCAAUCACAAAACCAUUGGUGGAGAAACGAAAUGUUCUGUCCAUGUGGUAUGGCUCAGACAGGAGAGUUGUCAUGUACCCGUGUAAUGAUAACGAGACACUCAACUUCGUUUUGAUACACCCAGAUAGUGAAUCACACGCUACUCCCGGAGAUGAAUGGAAUAAGCAAGGGUCCAUCGAGCAGGUCUUGAAGGUGUAUCAAGAUUUUGAUCCUGCCCUCAAGCAAUUGAUCAGCAAAGUCGACCCCGCCGAGUUGAAAGUGUGGCAACUGUUGGAUAUGGACAAACUCCCCACUUGGACGAAAGAGAAGCUAGCUCUUAUAGGAGACGCAGCACACCCAUUCACACCGCAUCAAGGACAAGGAGCUGGCCAGGCGAUGGAGGAUGCUGCCGCGCUAGCGACUGUUUUGCCGGCUGGAACAGCACCAAGUCAUGUGGCUGAGCGUUUGAAGCUCUACGAAAAGAUCAGGUACGACAGAGGACAUGCCAUCCAGGAGUACUCCAGACAAGCUGGCAGGGAUUGGAUUGGCGGAAAGCCCCAAAUUGAUAUGAUGUCAUACACUGCUUACAAUUUCGGCCAUGAUGAGAUUGAUAAUUCUGCAAAUAUCUUCAAGAGAUGGCUUUGGUCACAGAAAACGGACAUGUAUUGGAGGAUGCCUGUUGGUUUUGGCCCAUACCCUGGACCGCGUCAGGAUCAUCUUGGUCGUCUUCGAGACGGGACGCUCGAACGCACAUUCAAGACCGCUUCCAUCAAAUUCAAAACUUCACGAACAUAUCUCGAAACGUUAUUCCCGAACUCCCAAUACAAAUUUGCCAGCCCAGCAACCGUUUGUCAGGCAAGUAUCUCCAUAACACAGCUUGGCAACAUGUCUUGGCUAGGCGGUGGCGGAUACAACCACUGCGGUCUUUACAUCCACGGCGUUCAGUAUACGAAGAAGGAUGGGACUUCAAUGAUUGGCACACACCUCCCCGUGUUGUUCGAAAGUUUGUGCGAUCCAAUUGUCUCUGGUCGUGACGAACUCGGCAUGAACAAGGUGUUCUGCGACGUUGAUAUUAAGCGGAACGCAAACACAUACAAGGCACAAUGCUCGUGGAGGGGAGCCAAAUUCUUAGAUUUUGAGCUUGAUGACCUCAAAGAGGAUGACCCGAAGAGUGAGCAUGGUACGAUAGGAGGCGAGGCCGAUUAUGGCAUUCUUACGUACAAGUAUAUCCCGGCCGUGGGCAAGCCCGGUGUAGCCGAUGUCGAGUAUGCAUGUGUGGUGCCGCAUGAAGAGGAAUCGAAGUAUGCCCCUGCGACGGUGAGGUCGGUCGCGCGCUCUGCAAAGCCGACUUUGAAGUUUGAUGCAGGUGACUGGAAGAGCUUGCCUACGCUACACCAUAUUACAGCAGCGCUGGCAGAGAUCCCCAUCUACGAAAUAGUCAGCGCAAAGGUGGUUGAAGGCACCGGUGUCCCGGAUGUCUCAGCAUGCAGGAGGAUAGAAUGA